UUUGAAUCUUUAGUCUCUAAUUCCUCGCACCUCUGUGACCUAUGUCUGUGACAAGUAGUAGUAGAUAUAUAAUUUAUGUUUAAAAACGGGGUGGGCCUUUCGCAAGUGGUUGUGUGUAGCUAUAUUUAUUUAUAAAUUUAAUAAAAGUACGAAAACCACUUGUAUAGAGUGAACAAAAUAAGAUAUUAAGUGAUGUAGAUGUAUGUUAUACAUUAGAAUAGGCAACCAGAUACAAGAUUCAAAAGUCACAAGCUUCAAGUGGCCUCUGACCACUUCCUAGUUGCUGUACAAACGUACAAAACCCUCCGUUAAAACAUGGUGUAGAGAGCGACGUCAUCAGUGCGGCAUGUCCGGGUGGGGGACGGGAGCUUCGGGCGCCCUGCGGCGCUCGCCCGCCUUGCUGCUCAUGCUGUUCGCGGCGCUGCUGCUGCUUUUGCUGGCCGCGCGUGCACCGCCUGCCCCGCCGGCGCCGCUGCGGCCGCGUCCGCUGCCGCUCGCCGUCGCCCCGCCCGCCGUGCCCGUCAACGUCACGCACCGGGCGCCCGCCAACGGAACGGUGAAGCCGGCGACGCGACCCGCCGACAGAGUGACUCGGGCACCGGGCGCGCCGCUCGUGAGCGACAUCUACGAGGCGGGACACGAGCGGCCCCACCCCGAGCUGUGCCCGGCGCUAGGCGCGCACGUCAAGGUGCUCAUCAUGGUGACGUCGGCACCGGGGCACGCGCGCGCACGUGACGCAAUCCGGCUCACGUGGGGUCACUUCGCAGCUCGGCGCGACGUCGCAUUUGCGUUCGCGCUCGGUCGACCUCCGUCGGCGCUGCGCCCCGCUCUCGACGCCGAGGACGCGCUCUACGGUGACCUCGUCGUUGGACGUUCCGUCGAUUCGUAUUCGAACCUCACACUCAAGACGCUGUCGAUCCUCGAGUGGGCCGACACGUACUGCCCGCGCGCGCCGCGACUCCUCAAGACCGACGACGACAUGUUCAUCAACGUGCCGCGGCUGUUGCGCUUCGCUGCGGCGCGCGUCAACGCAACGAACACCAUCUGGGGUAAGGUCGUUAAGAAGUCGCUGCCGAAGCGCACGAGCAAGUCGAAGUACUUCGUGCCGGUGGAGCAGUUCGCGGGCGCCGUAUUCCCCGAAUUCGCGACGGGCCCGGCCUACCUUCUGACGGCGGACGCCGUGCGCACGCUGAGGGCGGCGGCGGCGCGGCGUCCGUACCUACGCCUCGAGGACGUGUUCGUGACGGGCGUGGUCGCCUCGGCGGCGUCCGUGCGCCGCGUGCACGCGCCCGAGUUCCUGAACCGAAAGGCGCCCGCGCACCCGUGUGCGCUGCAACGCGCCCUCUCGCUGCACAUGGUGCAGUUCCACGAGCAGUUUGACCUCUGGCGCAAACUGCUCGAUGGCAAGACCAAGUGCGCCGGCUAGACUCCCGACGCGACAGUCUCGAACCGAUUUCGGGUCACGCACUAUUUUUUUAUAUUAUAAACGACGCUCAGCGAUUAGUCGAUUAAGUUAAUUGUCGUCGCAUCUCUCUCGACGUUUCCGAAAAUCUUAGAAAGCUUAGAAAACGACGGGUCCGACCGUCGACCCCUUAUUUUAUGUUUCAGGAGAGGGAGGAAAUGAACCCUCGAAAAAUCUUGGUCUACAGGUGUCGAGGAAUCGCUAGGAACAAACAGUAUUAAACAGUAAAGUCAUACUUAAAGUACUUAAGAGAAGAGUGCUACUGAUUAACUUGAGAUUAUUUUCGUAAAAUACGACGAUGAGACGAGACAGAGGGAAAGAGAGAGAGAUGUAACGGCGUGGCGUCUUGCUCUCGCGCCGUGGCUCUGGCCUCGUGACAGUCCAUGCUGUCGAGCGCGUCGAGCGACCGAGCUGCAUUAGAGUUGGGCUGGUAACCGACCGACCGUCUAGUACUCAACUAUUUACAUACUUAUAAAUAUUAUUUUAGACAGUAUAUUCGUUGUGUGCAGAAUAUAAUUUCUUCUUGGAAUCAAGUGUUUCACGUCACUCAAACUGUACAACGUUAGGUACGCCCGAUCAAAGAAGUACAUAGCGAAUAUGUACCUUGUAGCUACUGUACUGUGCCGCAUAUACUCUUACUUAAACAAAUUAUUGUAACGACUCAGAUGUAAAUAUAAUUAUACAUUAUAUA